GAUGCUCCAAGAGGAGCAUCCAGACCUGUGUCCAGUCAACAGAAGCGACCGGCCACCGAGCCUGACUGACCAUGGCCCUGUCAGCUCUGUGGCGCCGCUCUGUGAGCUGGAGAUCAGCCCUGACCCGGCUCGUGCAGCUCUUCCGCUCCCCCCAAACCUCCGGCACCAAAGGCUCAGCCAACCUGCCUCCACCAGCCCCACUGGCAAGCAGCCCCGGUGUUGCUGUCCCAUCAAACACUGCCCGGGGGGGGGCCCAGGGCAGUGGGAAGCCCCUGGCUGGGGCAGACCAGAGUGCCCCCCCGGGUCAACUGCAGCCCUACGACCAUCAGGGGAGAGCAGUGGCCCCGGUCCCACCAGCGCGGCACAGCCAGCGCAGCCCUGCCAGCUCAGCCAACCCCUCCGGGACAGCCCUGGGCAGUGGCAGCCCCCCAGACAGGAGCACCCCCAUGGAUGUGGACGCCACCCCAGUGCUUAACAUCAGCCUGGCCAGUGACGUCUCCAUGGAGGAGGACGCCCCCCGCGGCUGCGACCUCUCGCUGGCCAGCGACGUCUCCAUGGAGGAGGACGCCCCCCGAGGCUGCGACCUCUCGCUGGCCAGUGAUGUUGCCAUGGAGGAGGACACCCAGCAGCACGUGGGGACAGGCCUGCCUCCACCGCAGAGCAGCGUGUCCCCAGACGACACCAAGCUGGAAAGGCGGGGGGCGAAGAGGAAGAGGGGCUCUGAGCCAGGGGUUGCCAGCAAGAUCAAGGCUCCCGCAGCCGGGGCUGGGGCAGGAAGAUUGGCUUAG